CUCGCUGCACCCUCUCUUGAACGCGACAUAGUCUUCGCAUCAUCUAUAGGCUUGUUUUCCGUUGCAUGAAGAGUCUUAUCUAUCCAGCCUCGUAGCUGAAUACCGUAAAACUCGUGCCAGGCUGGGUCUGAAGUCUACUGGACGCUCACGUACUUCUCUCACGUCUCCGAGCCUCCCGGAUUCUCUCCUCCCUCCCCCAGCCACAAAGGGUUCUCAUCUGCCACCAUGAGCUCCAGCUCACGCCCAGCCUCCCCACAGGCGUCCCUUGCCGUGCCCGCACAAGCACCGCUGCACACGCACGAGGCGUCCACGAGCUCGUCGCCCGUGCCACCCACGCCGCCGCCCAAGGACUACACGUUCCGCCCGCCCGAGGAACCUGAGCACAAACCCCCAGCGGCAGCAGCAGGCAAGAUGGGCAAGCUCGGUAUCAAGGCGGCGCCCCCGGCGGUGAUCCCUGCGGACAUGGUCAUCGACAUCUCGCGGCCGUUCAGUGGGAUCGAGAUCGAGACGGACUCGGUGGAAGAGGCGGAGGUGGAGGAGGCUGAUACGACGCUGCGUGCAAGCACGGAUGCGCAUGGGCCCGCGCACGCGCUGGGAAAAGAGGGUGUGGCGGAGGAUGAGGAGGUGGUGGACCUGGACGGCGAGACGGAGGCGGAUAUCACGGCCGCGCAUCGACUAUCGGACAGCCCGACGGAGCACGAGGUCGGGGGGUCGACGCUGUACGGGUCGGGCGCGGGGAGUCAGCGGGACCGCGACCGAGAGCGGGCGGCGGAGAGGGCGGAGGAGCGGGAGCAUGUGCAGGAGCACCCGUUGCGGCUGGACGUGCACCCGCCGUCGCCGCCCUCGUGGGACUUGCACGACGAUGCGGAGAGGGGAAGGAUUAGCCCGCAGCGGUAUGAGUUCUCGACGGCGAAGACGCGGACGAUGCAUGAGUUCACGAAGCAGCCGCGAAGUCACAAUCGCCCUCUGGUCCCACAUUCGGCGUACUACUUCGGCCCUCCACCACCCGACUCAGCGUAUGGUACAGAUCCGAUAGGCCAGAUCGGUGUGCACCUUCCUCGAGAAGUUGUGCGGAUAGAGAGGGACUACACCGGAGGCGAGCUCCCCCAAUUCUCGUCGACGUACCCGCUGGAACUCGAAGGCAGGAUCACACCGACGCAAUUUCUGGAGACGAUCAACGCCAUAAACGAGAUACUGCUCUCUGCGCACAGUCUCGGGCAGGCGUUCGUCGACAACGCGCUCGCAUUCCUGAGCUUGCAAGCAUCGCGAGCCCUGAAGCGGUCGCACUGCGACAAGGAGAUGGAUCGAUUGAAGGCGAUGAUGGACAUGCUCAAUGAGCACGUGUACAAUCCCGUGGGUCUGCAUCUCCGGUGGCCGCGCUCCGUUGCGUUUCUCUUCAUGGAGAUUGAGUACUAUUGAUGCGCGCACUUGCAAUUGUUGAAGCGCUCAUGCCAUCCUCGCUCAUCUUCGCUCCUACAAAGGACCGGCCCAUUACCCCGUUAUCUCCGUCCUCCCCGAGCCCGCAUACCACCAUCGUUUACACUGUUUUCGCCUGCGCAACCUCUUUCCUGCCACUUGGCUCUGUUGUCUGGUUUCCACUCUCCUCCGUCUAUCCCUUCCCAUCCGCAACAUAUAGGCCAUUGUACGAUAUCUCCCCCGGCCACGCUCCCGUAUACCACGCACUGCAUAUACAUCACGAACACAUUACGUCUUUUUGAUAUCUCUCCC